GGCCCGCGGGCGGAGCCGUAGCCGUAGUCCCCUCGGGGGUCCGCAACCCGGAAGCCGAGUGUCGGAAAUCCCGGGCCGCGGUCCAAGAUGUCGGAGAAGGAAAGUGGGGCGAGCGGGGGCUCCCCGCAGGCCAGCGCGGUGACUGUCAGCGAUGUCCAGGAGCUGGUACGACGCAAGGAGGAGAUCGAAGCGCAGAUCCAGGCCAACUAUAGCUUGCUGGACAGCCUAAAAGGUGUUGGGAUGAAUGAGCCCCUGGUGGACUGUGAGGGCUACCCCCGGUCAGACGUGGACCUGUACCAAGUUCGAACCGCCAGGCACAACAUCGUCUGCUUGCAGAACGAUCACAAGGCGGUGAUGAAGCAGGUGGAGGAGGCCCUGCACCAGCUACACGCUCGGGACAAGGAGAAGCAGGCCCGGGACAUGGCUGAGGCCCAGGAAGAGGCCAUGAGCCGCAACCUGGGCCAGAGUGAGGGCCUCAGCCCCCCUCAGGCCUUUGCCAAAGUGAACAGCAUCAGCCCUGGCUCCCCCGCCAGUGUCGCGGGUCUGCAAGUGGAUGAUGAGAUUGUGGAGUUUGGCUCUGUAAACACCCAAAACUUCCAGUCACUGCAAAACAUUGGCAGCGUGGUGCAGCACAGCGAGGGGAAGCCCCUGAAUGUGACAGUGAUCCGCAGAGGACAGAAACACCAGCUUAGACUGGUCCCAACACGCUGGGCGGGAAAAGGACUGCUGGGCUGCAACAUUAUUCCUUUGCAAAGUUGAUUGUCCCUGAGGAACAGUAACAGGAAAGCAUCUUCUUUUGCCCUGGACUUGGGUCUAGUGGGGAUUUCUCCCGUCUCUUCUCUCCCUAAAGUUUAAGGAUCUGGAGGAGGCUGGAAGCCUGAACUUCUAGAUGGUGGCCUCCAAGUGUAAUCUCUUGGGAUUAAGACAUUGUUAAAAGCUUGAUAUGUGCUUAGCAUCCUCUGCCAAUUAGGCCAUGACCCAAAAUGGGAAUCUCUGAUUGUGGACAAGAGGGUGGGAGUUAUUCUGACAGGUGCAGGCAUGACUUUAUUCUUUUAGGAAUUUUUUUUCCCAAAAUAAACAGAAUU